UUUCUCCACUUUUGGCUAUGACACCUUCUUUGUUUCAGUUUACUAGCAGCUUCCGCAGGCUGCGUUGAAGUAAAUAUUGAUGGUUCUUGUAACAAUGGACGAGCUGGUUUUGGAGGGUCUUCCGUACAAGUGAAGGUUAGGUUCUUGGUUCUUUUACUACAAGUUUUGUGAGUCCAAUUGUUGCAGAAAUUUUAGCUUAUUGAGGUGGUUCGAGUAGUUUUUGGGUUCGUGAAUAGAAGCACCUUUGGAUAGAAACAGAUCCCACUAUGGUUCUUCACUUCUUAUCUAAGGCUCUAACUAUUGUUGGUAAAUUGUUGGUUGAUUGGAAUAAUUGCUUAUGGCCUCUUCGUCAAGUGGGUUUUAUUCUACACAUAUAUUUCUUUUGCGGGUAUUUGCCUAGUCCUUGUUUGUUCUCUUUUUCUUCAUUUUUAUUAAUAAAAACUAGUAGAGGGGGACAUGGGGAGGGGUUCAGGUGCAACGGUCAUUUCUUUAUUGUUGACGAUCAAAGAGUUAAUCUCAUCUAAUCAGUCCCUAUUUGGUUAAAAAAAAGUUCAAACAUGUACUAAACUUGAUUAGGGGUAUUUUGUUUGAAGUUAAAACAUAUUUUUAAUAUUAUGAUUAAGAUCAAUACCUUUUGCCUUUGGUAACCUUUGGCAAGUGAUUUGAUUUUAGUUGAAGAGGAAAAUUAUAUUUGAUUGACUUUAGUUGAAGAAGAUAAAUUGUUCAUAUUUAAUUGUCUCAUGUUAGAAUAAUUCUGAUGUGAUACCCAUAUUUUAGCAAACGCAUGUAAGUUAAAAUUUAAAAUAAUUUUGAUACUCAUUUAUACUAUAUAGAUAUUUAAUUUUUAAAGGCACAUUUAUUCAUCCGGUACAUAUCGUGCACUUUUUUUUACUUUGGUGAAGAGGGCAAAGAGGUUGGAAAAUGAAAGUUAAAAGUUCAUGGAAACGGAAGCCUAGCAGACUACCAACCAACCAAAAAAAGGAUAAUCCCAAUCCACAAUUUAGGAGGGAAAAUAACAGAGCAACUCACACACACCAUAGCCAUGGCCUCCUCUGCUCUUCCUCUUCCUCUCUCCACACCCUCCCCCACCGCUCAAACCACCACACCCACCGCCCCGGACCACCUCUCCUCCCCAAUCCUCCUCCUCCCAAAGCUCAAAACCCCCACCAUCCGCUCCCGCCUCAGCAAACUCUGCCAGGAAGGCCAACCCCACCUUGCCCGCCAACUGUUCGACACUUUGCCUCGCCCCUCCACCGUGCUCUGGAACACCAUCAUCAUUGGAUUCAUCUGCAACAACAUGCCCAAUGAAGCCCUCUUGUUCUACUCCCAGAUGAAAUCCGCCUCUCCCGGCACCAAGGCCGACCCUUACACUUACUCUUCUACCCUCAAAGCCUGCGCGGACACGCGCAAUUUCAAGAUGGGUAAAGCCCUGCAUUGCCAUGUUAUUCGGUGUCUUCCGAAUCCCAGUAGGAUUGUGUGCAAUUCGCUUUUGAAUAUGUACUCUGCUUGUUAUAAUGACUUUCAUUAUUCACAGUACGAUUUAGUGCGUAGGGUGUUUGAUACGAUGCGCAAGAGGAAUGUGGUUGCUUGGAAUACGCUGGUUUCUUGGUAUGUUAAAACCGAAAGAUAUGCAGAAGCAGUGAAGCAGUUUAGGAUGAUGAUGGGAAUGAGAAUAACACCGAGUGCUGUCAGUUUUGUCAAUGUUUUCCCUGCGCUUUCCGCUAUGGGAGACUAUAAGAACGCGAAUGUUCUACACGGUAUGCUUCUUAGGUUGGGUGGGGAAUACGUGACUGACUUGUUUGUUGUGAGCUCGGCAAUAUUUAUGUAUGCCGAGCUUGGUUGCCUUGAAUAUGCUAGGAAGAUUUUUUACCAUUGUUCGGAGAGAAAUACAGAGAUUUGGAACACUAUGAUCGGUGCAUAUGUUCAAAACAACCGUCCUAUUGAAGCGAUCGACCUCUUCUUUCAAGCUGUAAACUCAGAAGUGGCUAUUCUUGAUGAGGUGACUUUCCUAUCAGUUUUAACUGCAUGUUCACAGAUGCAACAGUUGGAAUUAGCCGGACAGCUGCAUGCUUUUAUCAUCAAGCAUUUGAGAUUGAUGCCCGUUAUUUUACUCAAUGCGACUAUCGUAAUGUAUUCAAGGUGCAAUUCUGUUGACAUGUCAUUCAAAAUUUUUCAUAAGAUGCCUGAGAGGGAUGUUGUUUCAUGGAAUACGAUGAUUUCUGCAUUCGUGCAAAAUGGUUUAGAUGAUGAAGCUUUGAUGCUUGUUUAUGAGAUGCAAAAGCAAAGGUUCAUGAUUGAUUCGGUAACUGUAACUGCUCUACUUUCGGCUUCAUCAAAUCUUAGAAAUCCAGAUAUUGGAAAGCAGACUCAUGCUUAUCUUAUUAGGCAUGACAUACAAUUUGAGGGGAUGGACAGUUAUCUCAUCGAUAUGUAUGCUAAAUCUGGCUCAGUAAGGAUCGCAGAACGGGUUUUCAAAAAAGACUACAGCCGUGAUAGAGAUCAGGCUACUUGGAAUUCUAUGAUUGCUGGGUACACACAGAAUGGGCUAUCUGAAGAAGCUUUCUUUGUCUUUAGGCAGAUGCUUGAGCAAAAUCUAAUCCCAAAUGCUGUGACCUUAGCAUCGGUUCUCCCAGCUUGUAAUAUAGUGGGAAACAUAGAUAUGGGUAAGCAACUCCAUGGGUUCUCUAUCCGCCACUACCUUGACCAAAACGUCUUCGUGGGAUCUGCUCUAAUUGACAUGUAUUCCAAAUGUGGUGCAGUCACUUAUGCUGAAAAUGUUUUCGCUGGAUCCCAUGAGAAGAACUCUGUCACAUAUACCACAAUGAUACUGGGCUACGGUCAGCAUGGAAUGGGUGAGAGAGCUCUCUCUUUGUUUCACUCAAUGCAGAAAUCUGGCAUUGCACCGGAUGCCAUAACCUUUGUUGCAGUCUUGUCUGCCUGCAGUUAUGCUGGUUUGGUUAACGAAGGUCUUUCGAUAUAUGAUUCAAUGAAAAGGGAAUACAAUAUUGAACCACUAACGGCACACUAUUGCUGUAUAGCAGACAUGUUAGGGAGGGUUGGGAGAAUGGUUGAAGCCUACGAGUUUGUCAAAGGGUUGGGCGAAGAGGGUGAUGCGAUGGAAAUUUGGGGCUCACUUCUUGGGGCGUGCAGAAUUCAUAAACAUUUUGAAUUGGGAAAGAUUGUUGCUGGGAAAUUGCUUGAACUAGAGGCAGCAAAUGGCAAAACGGGCUACCAUGUUUUACUCUCAAAUAUGUAUGCCGAGGAAGGCAAGUGGGAAAACGUGGAUAAUGUGAGGAAACAAAUGAGGGAAAAGGGUUUGAGGAAGGAGACUGGAUGUAGUUGGAUUGAUAUUAGCGGUUUGAACUGUUUCACAUCUAGGGACCAAAACCAUCCUCAGGGUGAUGAGAUAUAUGAUAUAUUGGAGGAAUUGACUGUGAAGAUGAAAGAUACUGGUUAUAGGCCUUCUCUCAAUUCUUCCUUAGAUGCAAUCUUGGAACCUUAUGACUGAUGAAGAAUUCUUGAAAAAAGAUCUUUUCCCAGCUUGUGGUGUCAUUCAAUGUGGUAAACUAUUUUGACAAGUCUGCAUGCAAAUUAUCCACCAUUCGAUGCUCGCAUUGCAGCAUCCACAACUCCUUUGCAGGAUCAUAACAAGAACUAUCUAUCCAUGGAAAACUGCCCUUCAUCUGGAAUCUACUUUCUUGCUAAUUUAGCUUUUGGUGCGGGUCAGCAGUUGUCUAAGUUAUAUUCUUUUUAGAUGGCGCUUAAAUCUGUCCCCAUGGUCUUUGAGAGUGAACUUUGGACACUAGCGGUUGAGCCAUAGCAAGUUAAUAAGCUGCCAUCUCAAAGACGCCUCAUACAUAUAUUCAGGGCACAUGAGGAAACCGCAUCUGGCCGCGGAAAUCUCCAUCAAAAACUAAAACAGACAGCUCCGUUGUGCCCUGCCCAUUGAAGGGAAGUUCUAGUGGUGUAGCUGCAGACGGACAUUUUCCUCUGUGCAGAAAUGGGAGGAAGUCCUUUCACUAGCAAGCUGCAGAGCUAGUGUUCAUUCCUGCGAUAG